GCCGUCAUACCGCGACCGUGCGCCGACGCUACAGCACGUCUGCUGACGCUACUCUCCUGACAAUAUCGAUAUAUAUAUCGCGAGUGUUUAUUUACCAAUCAUAAUUUGAAGCUACAAACUUGCUUCAAGAGUAUUUAGUGAUCACUGACUGAAUUUUUGCUGUAGCAGAGUAAAAUGGCGCACGACCACAGCGCGCACGCACAUAUGCCCGGCAUGGACAUGGCCAGCACGGGCAGCGUGGCCACACCCACACACGACCACCACGACAUGGACGACGGCUGCUCCGGACACAUGCACGCCAUGGUGUUCCACACGGGCGUCUGCCAAGAGAUCCUGUUCAGCGGCUGGAUGAGCACCACAGCGCUGGAGCUGUUCGGCUCCGCGGUGGCCAUCUUCCUGGCGGGCGUGCUGUACGAGGGGCUCAAGUACUACCGCGAGGCGCUGCACGCGCGCGCCACCUCCGUGCGCGGCGACUCGCAGGUCAACAUCACCAAGAACGAGUGCGGCGCCAAUGGGAACUGCGGGGGCACUGCUGUCGUCAAAUACUCCAUGCUAUCAACGGGCCACUUCAUCCAAACGCUCCUCCACAUCGUGCAGUCGACGGCCUCGUACGUGCUGAUGCUGGUGUUCAUGACGUACAACGUGUGGCUGUGCGUGGCGCUGGUCGCCGGCCUGGCCGUCGGCUACUUCUGCUUCGGCUGGCGGAAGAACACAGUCGUCGACGUCACGGAGCACUGUCAAUAGACUAUAUACCUACUUCAUCUAAGCUAACUCUGCACCGAUAAA